UCCCCCUGUUUGUGUAUAGGUCAGUGUGUGAUAGGGUGACUGAUGGAGACAGACGUGGAUACAAUUGACGGGGAAGCCUAUGUAUUCAGUCAAGCAAAACCUCUUUAUAACAACACCAUGAAGCUCCAUGAGGCCGACCGCUAUGACUUCCAGCACAGUGAGCUAAAAACUAAGAAACCAGCGAAAAAACGUUACUGUAUUCCUGUUCUCAUUCUGCUUUUCCUGCUGCUGAUUGGACUGAAUUGUGUGCUGGCCUAUAAAGUCUUCACUCUGGAGGCUUGGGUUCACACUCACUGUACAUCAGCUGAUGCCAGAGUGGAGAAACUCAAGUCUGCUGAGGGACUCAAGCUGGGCAGUUCCAAAUCCAAUGAGGAGUGUCUCUCCGAUCUGUGUGGGAAUGAUGGGACUUUAGAGAAAUUAAGGACUCAACUAAACCAGCUCAACAUUAGUGCAGAGAAAGCUGUGGUUUGCCUUCCUGGUCCAUCUGGUCCACCUGGCAGACCUGGAUUGCAAGGUCCUGCUGGAAUACCAGGUAUACUGGGACAGAAAGGAGACACUGGCUCACCAGGUCAGGUAGGUGAGCCUGGAGCUCCAGGUGAAAAGGGACAGAAAGGAGACCAAGGUGUUGCAGGGGAAAGGGGCCCGGCUGGCAUGACGGGUCCACCUGGUAUUCCGGGCUUGAAGGGGGAUACAGGAGCGAGAGGAAUAACAGGUUUACCUGGGACUGAUGGUUUUCGAGGUGCAGAUGGACAUACUGGUCUCACAGGACCACCAGGGCCCAAUGGACCACCAGGACCUAAAGGAGACCCAGGUGACAGUGGUGAGCGAGGAGAGCAGGGACCUUCAGGUCCUCGUGGGCCUCCUGGCCCGGUGGGACCUCUUGGUCUGCAAGGACCACCUGGAGAAAAAGGUUCACCUGGACCAAAGGGAGACACUGGGGUUGGCCUUCCAGGGUACCCAGGACAACAGGGACUAAAUGGAAGUCAAGGAUUGCCAGGUCUCCCUGGACCUCAAGGUCUAAAUGGAGAAAAGGGCAGUAAAGGUGAUCAAGGCCUUAUGGGAGCUCAAGGUCUCAAGGGACAGAAGGGUGAUGUAGGACUCCCAGCUGUAGUUCGUUUAGUGGGAACUUCCAGCCGAGGAAGAGUCGAGGUGUUUCAUGAUAAUGUCUGGGGAACGGUGUGCGAUGACAGCUUUGACUCCGUGGAUGCUUUGGUGGUGUGCAAGAUGUUGGGUUUCCAGAGGGCCACUAACGUAUUCACGGAUGGUGCAGGAACUGGACGCAUUUGGCUGGACGAGUUGAGAUGUACUGGAAAUGAGAAGAGCAUUUUUGACUGUCCACAUGCAGGAAUAAAAAUGAUCUAA